AUGGCUCUUGAAGUAUGGAAAGACUCACAGCAACUCGGAGGGUUCAUUUUAUGUGUGGUGACUAUUCCGAUGUGCUGUCUGGCGACAGGCUUGCGCUUCGCAGCCUCGAAGAAGACCACAGGAAAGGUGAACCUUGAAAGUUGGCUGGCUCUGGCAUCCCUGGUCUUCUUUCUGGUGUACACUCUCAUGUUUCUGUACCUCCUGACAGUGCUGAACGGCCAAAGCCUGACAGAGCUUGCGAUGGGUCCUCCGGAGACAAUUGUUCACGUGCUGAAAGUUGGAUGGGCAAUGUCGCCGCAAUUCUGCCCCAACCAGUUGCUCACGAAGUUGACAUUGCUCUUAUUCUACCAUCGCAUCUUCUGGAUCAACAAACGCUUUGUCCGCUGGCUGUGGUGCAUCGGCGUUCUCACGGUUCUCUGGACUAUUUCAGUAUAUCUCGUCAAGUGGAUGCUUUGUUGGCCGGUGGCAUACACCUGGGACAAGACCUUGUCCGGAGGAAAAUGCAUUGAGAUACCUGCAUUCUUGGCUGCAAGUGAGACUAUUAACUCGGUGAUCGACUUCGUGAUGAUCGCCAUGGCCAUUCGCAUCGUCGCCACUCUCCAAAUGAGCUUUAGUGAGAAGUUCAGGCUGAGCAUCUUGUUCUCGGUGGGGAGCUUGUCUGGUAUCGUUGGUUUCAUCAAGAUUGCCGAGGCCUACUCAGCUGCAUACACAAGCAUUCUUGACCCAAUCUGGGACAUCACUCAAAUGGCUACUAGCAUCAUGUGCUGCUGCGCACCGUCUUUCCCUUCUUUGUUCGCUGGUCUGGAAAUGCCCAAGCCAUUAUCGUCCCUCUUUUCGUCUUUGCGAUCAUCUAAGGGCAGAUCAGCCGUCAGCACUGACCAAAGCAAGAGUGGAUCGUGGGUUCCGAUGAGCGCCAGCCAGCCAAACCUAGCCUGGACACAGGUCUCUGCGGUACAUCAAAACGAUGGUCGGCCAUCGGACGGUCGGCCAUCGGAUGGUUAUGGAUUUGACACAGGAUCCUACCACAGAGUUUCGGACCAGACCGUGAAUCCAUCUUACCCGAUGAAGGUCGUAGAAGUCCGACAAGACGUCGAGUUUGUGUGA